AUGAUAACUCCAAACGGUUUCUACUGUCAAACGCGUACGCCACAGCUUACUUCUUCAAGUGUACUUGUGCGUAGUCCCUCUCUAGCCUGUAAUAAGAUAGUUAGAUUUCGUUGAGUUUGCUUACAAAAUUUACUUGCAAAUGGUCGUCGAACUAAGUUCAGGAAGGAGUCAUUCGGCCCCCCUAUGCGGGAAGCUGUUGCACCGCAAUAUGGGACGGGAAUAUUUCCACGCUUGCUACAAGCCUACGCUGUCUAGCCCAAACCCCAGACGAUAUUGAACCCCAUCUACGUGGGCCGGUAUUAUUUGACCCGACACCUAGACCCUCAGAGCCUUCCUCUUUCGACAUUGGCCGCAUCGGAAAACAUAUCUGUCGGUGUGCAGCAUAACACACUGACAUUUUGCUGCGCUACUAGCAGUGUCUUUGUCUGGCGGUAUUCUACCACCUUCUCCUAGUUUAUAGCUUUGGUUAUUUCCUCCGCUUUCAUGAGAACAUCAAGCUGAAACUCUUUGACGUUUAUGCGACCUGGAACUGAUGUUGUGUAUUUUAUAAGGAAAUAAGCAACCAUUAUUGCUUAUUCUGUCCAUAAAUGCCCUUCAUUGUUUUACAUAACCUUUGUACAUAAAUAUUUGUUUUCCUUAAAUUUUAGUUUUACAGUAGUCAGCUUACUUAUUAUGUAGAUAGAAACGUAUUCAUACUUAUGUUAUUUGGUUUCUUCCUUGUUUAUUAGGGUGCAUUGCCCCAGCUUCUCUAAUAUUCAUAUGGAUUGCGCCACCUUGCAGUAAAUUUUCAGUUAUGUUUGGCGCUUACCGUUCUUCUAUCCUAUUGGUUGUUUGUUUCACUGGUUCCUAGGCUGUCGCAAAUUUGCGGGUGACGGAUUAUUCAAUUACCUUUUCUUCAUUGAGGCUUGCUUUUUGUUCAUUUUUUAGUUGACGCGAUCGCUUCCGUGUCCAUAUAUAGGCGCAGAAGAAGAAUUUCGGCGGAGAUAGAUCUAUUUUCUUAGUGUUAUUUUAUGCAUUUCACUGCCCCUCGCGGUGAUACCCCACCGCAAAACCCCUAUUGUCAUUAUUCCCGUAGUACACGAGUCUGAGGUCACUGGUUGCGAAGUGGUGUUACACAACCUGCCGUUGCCCCUCUAGGAAUUAUUAAAGGUUGAAAGAUUGGUGUAGUUGGUUCAGUUAAGGAAUAUUUCGGCCUGUGAGUGCUACUUAUCAGGUUAUCAACACUCCAGUUGUUACUGAUGACAACUUAUUCAGCAAAAACACAUUUCAACCCUUAAAAAUGCCAUUCUCCUCGGCAGACGCUAGGGACGUUAUCAAAUCAGAUGGACUUGUGACUGUGACGAAGCUGAAUCGAUUUGUGCACACUGGAAGAUCAAGCCGAAAACAGGUAGAUCCGUAUUUGUGGGGCAGACUCUGCCGGCCAUAGCAUCUUGUAACCGUUAUCAAAGCAGACCUGGUGUUUUCAACCAACAGUUUGGAGGAUAUCGGUAGCAGGACGUGAGUGGUAUCUAACAGUAUCUGCUCAAGUUCUUCCUCUUCCCGGAUGUUUUCAUUUUCUUACACAGUUCCUGCUUGCUUUCAGCCAUGUUCAGUGCGAUUCUGUCCAGGUUUUUCUACCUUAUUUCCCGAAACCGUAUCCGUGGUCGGUGCAGGGCUUCAUUUUCAGUAGGAGCAGACGGUGGUCAUGUCGGAAAUGUGAUGCAUCUAAAACGCGAGGAUUCCCAAAUCAUAAGACUGAGAGGACAUAUGGGACAUAUAGGCAAACAUGUGGUCAUACAGUACGUGACCUAACAGAAGAAAGAUGUCGAAAUUUACGAAUGAUUGCCAAUCACUCGCAAACCAACAUCAAUCCGUGGAGUCAACAUCUAUGUCAACUUUAGAAGAAUUAAAAACAUAAAAGAAAUAUAAGAGGCAAUGUUGCGUUGCUUAGAAAUGUUAAUUUUCUAGAAAAACACAAAAUCCCGAAAAUGUCAAAGAUGGUUGUAACUGUGUAAACUUCACUUUUAGAUGUACAGGAUGUCUUCCCGUGCAAAAAGUAAAUAUCCUUUCAGAAUUAGUGUUAUUUCAGAUAUGGCGGCUUGCCAACAACCUACAUUUAAAGUAUAGAUUCCGAAAAACUAUCCCAAGGAUUCGUCUUAUUCUUUAUGCUUCUGAAUUGAUUGAGAUGCGGUUCUAAAAAACAGGAUUUUGCUUGAUUUUACUUACAGGGACGUUACAGGAGCAAACGUUUUCAUAAGGUCACAUUCUGCCGGGCCGAUCGAUGUCUAAUAAAUUAAAAUAGAAUUGACAUGUGUAAUCGUAAACAUACCAUUUUGUGUUUAUAAAGAGAACUUUCCUUCGGUGAAAUUAAUUUGUGCUUUUUGUUUGUUCAGGAUUACGAUGGGUUUCAGACUGGUCUUGAAUUAUCAAUAA